AUGAACAUCGCCCAGACAUCGCAGAGGGCACUACACGCCGUCAGGCUCGUGCUUCGGGACAUGCCUAGUCCCAGCCAAACACCAAAAAGGCACUUCUCAGUAGCCGUCCACCCUUAUUUCCCGCAACAACCCACUCUCCCCGCUCGUCCAAGCGUCAAUUCUUGGGACCCGCGACACGCCUCCUCGGAUGUCCCCACCUCAGACUUCCUCGAGCCAUCCUCUGACGAAUACUCAUCCGCGGCACUCUCCCUCACCGCCCGGGAGCCCACCCUCACUCCGGAAUGGGCGACCCUCUACCCCCUUUCCUCCACCCCUGCCAUCCGCCCCCGCCCCCUCACUCGGCGAUGCGACGCCCUCGCUCGUCUAGUCCAUGACGGCGACAUCCGCGCCGCCCGGUGCAUGCACUACGAGCUCUCCGAGCUCCACGUUGGAAUCCAGCGCCGGGCGAUAUACCUCACCGCGGCGGUCGCGGUACUCCGGCCGUCGGACAAAGGCAAGGCGGCCUUUCUCUUCUGGCUCGAGCUCGUCCCUAAUCGGCCAGCCGUCCGGUCUCAUCCUGGAAUCAAGGGCGUCUGGAAACCCGUCGUCGAUAGGCUUAUCAACGAGUACUCGGCGGACAAGUCAUUCCUCUCGGAUUUCCUCUUCCUAGCGGCAAGGAAGGGAAUUCUACCUACUGUCCUCGGCCCCAUCAUGCGGCAUCUGGCGUAUAUUACCCCGGUGAGGGAGCUGCAGGAGAUGAUGAGCAGGCUGGAAGAGGUAUACCUGGCGGGGACAACGUCGAGGCGGUCCCUGUCGACGAGGGCGGCUGCACAUGCGGCGUAUGCCCAGUUGAGGGUGCAGGAGAUGCGGAACUCGUUCUUGCGGGCCGUGGCGGCGGCAGGGUGGAAAUACCAGGCAGAGCAUAUGCUACAGGACGGUCAAGGGUGGACAGACUUCACUCGGGCGUACGUGGAGGAGAGAAAGGCGGUAGGUGAGGCCAAGGCGGAGCCGGCCUCAGACGCAGCGGUCUCUCUGGCCGAGCGGGUCCUCCGGGCCAAAGCGGGCAAGACAUCGCCGAGCAAUCUCGCGAACCUCAUCGAAGCGCUGGAGAUCAAUCAACGCCCGCGCCUGCUGGAGAUACUAGAGAGGCGGGUCACGGGGGGUGUGGACGAUAGUCGGCGGGAAACAUGGUGGCACGCCAAGAUGCUCCUCGGUCGGCGGCGGGGAUGGUCCAACCAAGACAUCAUCAAAUUAUUCGACCAACACUUCCUCUGGGUCGGGUUCCCACCUACCAAUCUAGCCUUCGGUAUCAUCGAUCCCGCCACAUCUAAGUCUUAUUCGGAUACAAAACUCACCGCAUCCCCUCAUAUCCUCAGUACGGUCUUCCGGGCGCUUCUCCCACUCCUUCCCUCCCCGCUCGAAUUCCACAAAUCCUACCUCUCCCUUUCGUCGACUCUGUCCCCCCGGCUCCGCCCGACGACCGUCACCCACAUCGUCCUCCUUCGGGAGAUCACGUUCCUCCAGGGUCCAUCGGCCGGCCUGCUCGGUCUGCGCAAUAUGGUCGAUGCGGGCAUCCUCCCGAGCUUGGGGGUGUAUGAGGCGAUCCUCUUCUCCAUGGCGGGCCGGGGCGAGUGGGCAGGUCUACAAGGGAUAUUGGGCGGCAUGGAAGCUGGCGUAGAGAUUGCGCCCGGCGUCAAGAUGGCGGAGCCCCGAAAGGAGACGUAUGAGGCUAUCAAGGGGAUCUUGCUCAAGGCGGAGCGGUGGGAAGAGGUACACGAAGUUGUAGAGCGAGCGGGCGCGAGGGGGUUCAAGUUGCAGGGAGUGGGCGAAGGGCAGGCGGGCGAGAGAGUGAUACCAGGGGCGGCAGAGCCAGCCUUGCGCAGGAAGCAUCCCAAGCGCUUGGUGGAGCCGGUAGUGGAGGUGGCUGCUGCGGAGGGUGAAAGAGUGGUGGGAGCAGUCAAAGCAGGGAGGGGCGGCAAAGAGGGCGGGGAGAGGGUGAGGCGGACAACCUGGCGAUCUAAGACAGUGGCGAAGGCGGACAGGAUGGGGGUGAUCGGGGUGAAAGCGGGGAGCUUGGCUCGGGCUGUAGAAUUAGAAGUAGAAGUAGCGUAG